GACAGAGAUAUGAACAUGAUUCGAUUCGUCGAUUCUUCACUAUAGCUGCGCUGUUGUGCUUAGUUAUUGUAGCCUUCAUGUUUCUAUUGCUUUUACCUUUGCUCGAAUAUGGAUUGAAGAUAUAACCCUUCGUGAUAACCUGAAUGACUAGUGUCUUAAGUCCUUGAGCUAGCGCUACUUUCCCAACAUACUGCGUGACCAGGUAUACGUACAGGAAAUCAGCCUCAGUCCCAUAUGCAUCAGGAUUAGCCAAUAAAUGGAUUUCCAGAUCUCUCCCCACAGAUUCGGGACGACAACUCUAUAAUACCUGCUCGAUAUCAGCACAGAAAGAUGUCUUUUCCAACCCACAAAAUCUACAAAGUCCAGUGGCAUCUAGCAAUACAAGACCCUCUCAUGCCUCAAAUUAUACGCUACCACACCAAUAUCUUUAUUGAAACCUCCCCAGAUGGCUCUGGUACAAUCUAUGAAGUCAACGGAGAUAUUGUCUCAGUUAGCGGAAUGUGUUAUUUUAACUUUCCUUCACCGCCACCAGAGUCUUUCGAUUCAUUCUAUAAAAGAACACCUUUGGGCGAAAUUGCUGUGUCUGAUUUGGAGGAAGUAACAAGAGUCCUGAAGAGUAUUCCACCGCCUCCAAGACAAAGAUGGUUUAAUCCGAGGAGCAUGAAGAUGGAAGCGUGUAAGGUAGAUGGAACGCCGUACAGAUAUCAGGAGGAAGUACCAAAGUUCUGGAAGUGCACGGAGUGGACGAAUGAGAAGGCUAUACCUGCUUUAUGGGCGAAAGGAUUGAUCAGAAUGGUUGAUAGCAAGGAGGUUGUUGGAAAUGAAACAGUGUAGAGCUGUAUUUACUUUCAAAAGUUAUCAGUAUAAGCACCUAUCGGAAGUAUUUGACAAUGGAAGAUAAGAAUGUUAUGUGUAUGGUUUGGAAAAGGAUAGAGCAGGUUUGCAAGGAGGAUGGCCGCUUUCUUGGAGCAUCUUGGAGGUCAUAAAUUUGAGAGAGUCAGGAUGUGACUAUAGAGAGGGGAUAAGGGAGUUUUUAAGGUAAAAGCAAGUAAAAAUAACAUUAAAAAUGAACUCAGCAAGGCUACUUGCUUGAAAUUUGAGAGAUAGGCCGCAGAAACAUGAGUCUAUUACCA